AUCUGACAUGCUGCACCUCUUGAUGGUGAAAGGAAAUGUUUGUUAUGUCUGAGGUUUGUGUGGGAGAUGACUUCCUUGAACUAAAGUGAAAGUCGAGCAGCCGGCGAUGAUUACAAAAGAAACAUACGCUGAUUCGUGAUAAAUCCUGGCCAAAUUAAUAAACCAGUGAAGAAAAUGGAAAACUGGGAAUCAGGAUCAGAACAUACUGGAUUUGGAUGUGGACUCACUCCGAGAAAUGAAGAGAGCCACAGAAAAAUGGAAGUUCCUGAACCUGAACCAAGCAGUGUGUCUCUGUGCAGUAACCGCUCUAAAACUAACGGAUUUAAACUUUAAACAAGAGUCACAUGAUUACAGAAACACUUUACGAAGAAAUACUACGGAUGGUGGACAGUUGGAGAGUAUAUUAAAGCGACUGCAGGACGACGUUCUGACUUUUGUAAAAGAGCUGCUGGAAAACUUCCGUAAAGUUUUGGUCUUGGAUUACCUGGAAUGCUUUGAGUGUGAGGAGGAAGAGGAGCAGAGCAGCAGCAGAGAGGCAGUCCUGAACAUCACCGUGGACUUCCUGAAGAGGAUGAAGCAGGAGCAACUGGCUAAGACUCUGCAGACCAGAUACCAUGUUCGCUUAUGUAGGAAUAGACUGAAGAAGCGUCUAGAGCAGCGAUUCAGCAGAGUGUGUGAGGGAGUGGCUAAACCUGGAGGCUCCACCCUCCUGAAGCAGAUCUACACAGAGCUCUACAUCACAGAGGGAGAGGCAGCAGAGUUCAACCAGGAACAUGAGAUCAGACACAUCGAGACUCCGUCCAGAAAACCAGCUACACCAGAAACCACCAUCCAAUGUGAAGACAUCUUUAAAGCCCUCAUCCACAAACAGGGGCCUGGCAGGAUAGUGAUGUCAAAGGGCGUGGCUGGCAUUGGAAAAACUGUUUUGACUCAAAAGUUCAGUCUGGACUGGGCUGAAGGCAGAACCAACCAGGACUUUCAUCUGCUGUUCCCGUUCACUUUCAGAGAGCUCAAUAUGCUCAGAAACACACAGUUCAGCUUGGUGGGACUCCUGCACCACUUCUUCAGUGAAUCCAAAAAACUCUGCAGCUUUGAACAGCUCCAGCUGCUCUUCAUCUUCGAUGGUCUGGACGAGUGCAGACUUCCUCUGAACUUCACUAAAACCAAGGUCCUGACUGACCCCAAAGAGUCUGCCUCAGUGGACAUACUGUUGGUAAACCUCAUCAGGGGGAACCUGCUUCCCUCCGCUCGCCUCUGGAUAACAACACGUCCUGCAGCAGCCAAUCAGAUCCCAGCUGAGUGUGUCUCCAUUAUGACUGAGGUGCGAGGAUUCACAGAUUCACAGAAAGAGCAGUAUUUCAGAAAAAAGUUUAAAGAUGAGCAGCAGGCCACAAAUGUCAUCUCCCACAUCCAAAGGUCUCGCAGCCUCCACGCAAUGUGUCGUAUCCCAGUCUUCUGCUGGAUCCUCUCCACAGUCCUGGAUCAUGUGGUGAAAACCAGGACAACAGACGAGCUGCCGCAGACCCUCACUGAAAUGUACAUCCAUUUCCUGGUGGUCCAGGCCAAAGUGAAGGGCCUAAAGUAUGAAGGCCGCUCCGAGAUAGAUCCUCCCUGGACUCCAGAGACCGAGGGCAUGAUAUGGUCUCUGGGUAAACUCGCUUUUGAACAGCUGCAGAAAGGAAACCUGAUCUUUUAUGAGUCAGACCUGGAGGAGUGUGGACUGAACGCUGCAGAGGCCUCAGUGUACUCAGGAGUGUUCACACAGGUCUUUAGAGAGGAGCCAGGCCUGUACCAAGACAAGGUCUACUGCUUUGUCCAUCUGAGUGUGCAGGAGUUUAUGGCUGCUCUUCACGUCCAUCAGACCUUCAUCAGCUCUAAAGUCAACCUGUUGUCCACUCAACACUACAUUAAAAGUUCUGACCCAGAGGCAGACUUUUACCUGUCUGCAGUGGACCAGGCCUUACAGAGUCCAAAUGGACACCUGGACCUGUUACUACGCUUCCUCUUGGGUCUGUCUCUACCAGCCAAUCAGAACCUUCUGCUUGGUCUGCUGACUCAGAGAAAAAGUAGAUCUCAGACUAAUCAGAAUGUAGCAAAGUACAUCAAAAUGAAACUUGAUGAGUCUCUGUCUGCAGAGAGAAGAAUGAACCUGUUUUCUUGUCUAAUCGAGCUUAAUGACACGAGUUUGGUCAAAAACAUACAGUGGUACAUGAGAAAAGAACACUGUAGACACUGCUCUUGUGCAGAGUGGUCUGGACUAGCCUUCACUUUACUGUCCUCAAACUCAGACCUGGAGGAGUUUGACCUGAGGAAAUACUAUCCCUCAGAAACAGCUCUCAUGGGCCUGCUACCGGUCGUCAAUGCUUCCACCAAAGUCCUUCUAUGUGAAGGUAACCUCUCCCCUCACAGCUGUGGUCAUCUGGCCACAGUCCUCAGCUCCUCCAGUUUGACAUACCUGGAUCUCAGUAACAAUGAUCUCUAUGACUCAGGAAGUAGAGCAGUUGUGUUCUGGGCUGAAGAGCGCCCCCUGCAGACUGCAGACUCUCAGAUUGUCAGGAUGUCUGGUGUCAGAGAGGGGCGGGGCUGCUCUGGUCUCAGCUCUGAGCUCCGCCCACUCUCAGCUGAAAGAAUUAGACCUGAGCUACAACCAUCCAGGACACUCGGCAGAGCUCCUGACCGCUCUACAAGAUGACCCCCUGUGCCCACUGGAGUCUCUCAGAUUAAAACCUGAUGGAGAACAAUGGAUUGUCCCAGGUCUUAGAAAGUACUUCGGUGACUUCUGUCUUGAACUGGACUCCAGCACGGUCAACCCAAAACUUAAACUGAUAGACCUAAAACACGUGAAACAUGUGG